AUGUCUGCUGCCUCCUUUAUUCGUUCUGGGAAGAAGAUAGUCGCGAUUGGACGGAAUUAUGUCGAGCACGUCAAGGAACUCAAUAAUACCAUUCCGAAAGAACCGUUCUUCUUCCUCAAGCCCACUUCGAGUUAUCUGCCCUCUGGAGGGAAGAUUGAGAUUCCUCGUGGUGUCCUUGCUCAUCAUGAAGUCGAGCUCGGAGUAGUGAUUGGUAAGACCGGACGAGAUAUUACCGCAGCGCAAGCAGACUCGUACAUCGCCGGGUACGCUCUUGCCAUUGAUAUGACCGCUCGUAACAUGCAAGAACUUGUUAAGAAAAAAGGACUACCUUGGUCAGCGCACAAGGGCUUCGAUACAUUUACUCCAAUCGGGUCGUUCAUCGACCGUUCUUCUGUUUCUGACCCAAGUAAACUGAACAUCUGGCUAAAGGUCAAUGGGGCAUUCAAGCAGAAUGGAACAACUGCAGACAUGAUCUUCCCCAUUUCCAAGCUAAUUGAACAUGUAUCCUCAAUUAUGACUCUCGAGGAAGGUGAUUUAAUCCUGACAGGAACUCCUUCCGGCGUCGGACCAGUCAGUCCCGGAGAUGAAAUAACCGCCGAACUCAGCACCGAAUCAGGCCAAACACUCAGUAGUAUAGUCUUCACUGCCGUGCAGCGAGAAGGCGGCUACAACUUCCAACCCGAGUGA